AUGAUGAAUUACAAUCAACAGAACAAAGCAUAUAAACUGGUCAAAAGAUACUUCAGUGAAAAGAAGUCACAGUGUACGCAUAUAAAGGAUAAAAAGAGGAAUUUACCAAUAGACGAGACAGCAAUAGCAAGAAGAUGGAAAGAAUAUGAAGAAGAACUAUAUGGAGAUGAAGAUAACACCGAUUCGCUCAUUGGAAACCUGGUCGAUGAUGUCUUUGUAUCAAGUACAAGAAUUCUAAAGUUAGAAUUUGAGGACGCACUUCAAGCAAUGAAGAAAAACAGAGCACCGGGUGCAGACAAUUUAACCGCAGAACUCCUUCAACAGACAGGGGACGAAAUAAAGAACAUUUUGUAUGGGCUGUCAUGACAAAUAUAUGUAUCUGGGAUAAUUCCGAGUAACUUUGGUUAUAGUAGAUUAAUUAUCCUACCAAAAAAAACCUAAAACCAACCAGUGUGAAUAUUUUAAAACCCUAAGUUUGAUAUCGCAUACAACUAAAUUACUAACAAUAAUUAUAAACAUAAGGAUAAGUACAAAUAUAGAAGCUAGGCUAGCAAAUGAUCAAUAUGGUUUCCGGAAGAACGAAGGAACUAGGGAAGCAAUUUCGGGCCUGAGAAUUAUACUCGAAAAACAAAUCGAGAGACAAAAAAUUACUCACAUGGCCUUUGUUGACUUAGAAAAAACUUUCGAUAGCAUAAACUGGGCGUGUCUCUUUAAAAUUCUGGAAGAAUCAGAAAUCGAUUUUAGAGAUAGGUGUAUUCUUCAUAAACUUUAUGAAGAACAAAAGGUCAUAAUAAAUAUAAACUCAACAAUAUCAACCGCUAAAGUUCAAAAAGGUGUAAGACAAGGGGGUGCCCACUGCCACCUGCAUUAUUCAAUUUAUUUAUUGAAAAAGCAAUAAAUGAAAUAAAGUUUAGGUUAGAUCGAAAUGAAAUUUUUGUCAAAAUAGGUGGAGUACUUAUACUAUUGCUUUGUUUUGCUGAUGAUAUUAUCGUUAUUACAACAUCUGAGGAUGACUUACAAAUAGCGUUAAAUAUAAUGAACAGCACGUUCAAAGAAUAUAGUCUGAAAAUAAAUGCUGACAAGACCAAAUUCUUAGUGUGCUACAAGACAAACAUACCAUGUAUAAAUAUAACACUAAACAAUGAGAGAAUUGUCCAGGUAGAUUAUUUCAAGUACUUAGGCAGCAUUAUAUCAAAUGAUGGGAAAUCAACAAAGGAAAUCAGAAGCAGAAUAGGCCAACCAAAAAAUACAUUCCUUAAAAAGAGGAAAUUGCAAACAUCCAAAAAUAUGAGCAUAGCUAUUAAGAAAAGGUUCAUAAAAACAUACACCUGGAGCGUAGUUUUAUACGGAAGUGAGACGUGGACAGUAAACAAAAAAUAAAGAGUCAUGUUAGAAGCGCUGGAAAUGUGGUGUUGGAGAAAGAUUCAGAGAAUAAGCUGGACUGAGAGAAGAACAAAUAAAGACAUCCUGAAAACAAUAGGAGAAAAAAGAACAUUGAUAGAUACUCUAAGAAGAAGUAGAUGACAGAUGAUAAGACAUACUCGUACGUUGAGGUAUGGAGAUGAGUUAUACAGUUUAUACAGUUAUACGGUAAUAAUUGAAGGAAUGAUAGAGGGGACACGAUCAAGAGGAAGACCAAGAACUAAAUAAAUUAGCCAAAUAAUGCAAGAUGCAGGAGUCACUACUUACAGGGAGCUUAAGGACAUGGCAAGUGACAAGGAAAGAUGGAGAAGACAUUUACUGUGAAAAUUAUUUUCAUUUGUUAAAAAACCAAUCUCUGGAUUGGAAAACAAAAAAAAAACGAUUCUUAGCAAAGUUCAGUUGAUAGUAUUGAUUUUUCAACAAUAUUUAUGUCAUAUUAUGGUAAAAUAAUUAAAGAGGCGUUAUAUAUUUUCUUUAAUAAUAUUUGUUUAAUAUUUUAUCAAUUUCCCCAUUUGUUGAGAAAACUCCAAGGAAAAUCCAAAAAUAACUUUUUUAAAGUACCUUCCCAACGAGAUUUACUUUCACAAAAUAUUUUACACCGUAUACAUCGGAGUAAUUAUUCUAGUAUUAAAAGUGUUCACAUAAAAAAAAAAUUAACAUCUUUGUAAAACUAUUACAUUCUUAGCUCCUCUCAGAAUCUAAAAUGGCAAAUUUGUAUGCAAAUUUUGUUUUUCAUAUACUAUAAUACAUAUUUAUCUUCUGCGGUAAAAUGUUUACUACAUUUGGGUCUAUAGUUUUUUUUUAUUGAAUAAAUAAAUAUUUGAAUAACACAACAAAUAUGAGCACAGAAGCUGUAUACAAAAAGCUUCCUAUUAUAAUAUUAAACAACAAAUUAUACGAGUCCACAAAUAAUCGACACGUUUUCGGUAAAACAUCGUUAAACACUCGAAAUUGAAAUAAUUUGAGUAAAUGAGGGUAAAAUACAAAUUACAUAAUUUAAAUCAUUAGUGAAAACGAAACUUCCAUUACUUUUACAUUUUUAUUCAUAUAAUAAGUAUGAAAAUAUUAGUAAAUUAUAAAAUAUACGGAUAUUUUAUAAUAUAUCAUAUUAUCAAUAAUGUUAAUAGAUGUAUAAGUCAAACAUUAUUAUGUGAUCUGUAAAAUAUUUGUAAACUGUAUAUUAUGUAUUAUAUAAUAAUUGUUUUCGUGUGUUAAUAAUUAGACAUAAUGACGUUCUUUUAUUUUAUUUUUUCCUCUUUGUUUUUGCUGUUAUGUUUGUUUUAUUAUACUAGAUUUUAACAGUGUUAAGAAAUUUAACUUAAGCAUCAUAAUAGCACUCUACUUCUAACUCAAGCGUUGCUUAUAGAAAGUAGAUAAGUCAUAAAUCAUAAAAAAUAAAUAAAUAUUAUUGAUGGACAUUUUGUGAACAAAAUACAAUUCAAUACAAAAUGUAAAUGUAUAUUAUUCGUUUUAUAUCCUAAACUCUAUGAAUUAUAUUAAAACCAAUAACAUAACUAUGUCUGAUAUUUAUUAUUUAUUUAUUAUUAUAAACGCCUGAAAUACUCAAGUAAAAAGUAAAGGUAAUUACAAUAAUGAAACUUAAUUAAACAUAAAAACUGAUAUACUGUAUAAUGUGUCACUAAUCACGUAUAGGCAAUUCAUUGGACGGGCUUUGGAUAUUUUUUUCAAUAAAAUGUAUUCUCUUUCUCUCUCUUUCUCAAGAGCGAAAAAUUCCUAUAUCAUUUACAUUUAUAUUGUAUUAUUUAUCAUUUAAUUAUAUAUAAUGGGUGAUUCAUUAAGAGGUAUUAUUUUAAAAUGGGAUUUUAUGACAGAUAACGAAUGAGUCGUAUCAAACUAUCAUGUUAUUUUUUUUUAUUGUUGUUUGACAUUUCAUCAUGUAAAGACUUAGCCCGGCACAGCGUUUACCAAAUUAAUUAUUCAACUUUAUUACGAAAAACAGUCCUUGUAGAACGCUGAUUUUCGUAAGCUUAGAGAAACUUAUGGUCCGCAUGAUCGGCCUACCGAACACACAAUUCGCUAUACAAUUGUAAAAUUUGAAAUCCAAUUUUCAUUAUUGGAUAACACACGACCAAAUAGGCCGCAUCCAACACGUAAUGAAGAAAAUAUAGCGGCGGUAGCUGGAAAGGUACGCGGUGACCGUGAUGAAUCGAUCCGGCGCCGUUCUCAACAGCUUGGCUUGUCGUAUGCAACAACUUGGCGUAUUUUACGAAAGGACCUCGGUUUAAAAGCAUACAAAAUUCAACUCGUCCAAGAAUUGAAGCCGGCUGACCUUCUGAAUCGUCACCGUUUUAGUGAAUGGGUUCCUGAAAAGAUUGAAAAAAUCCAUUGUUUUUGACCAACAUUUUGUUCAGCGAUGAAGCUCAUUCUUGGCUUAAUGGUUACAUCAAUAAGCAAAAUUGCCGUAUUUGGGCUGAAGAGCAACCCAAAGAGGUUCAAGAGCUGCCAUCACAUCCAGACAAAAUAAUCGUUUGGUGUGGUUUAUGA